AUGGCAUAUCACCAGAAGUACGACAUGGAAUAUGUGCCUGCUGACUUUUUCAACAUGUCCGAAUUCGAGUACGAUAACUCCUUUGAAAAUGAUCCUCCGGCUGAUGAUGAUUACGGCAAUGAUGAUGUGGUAUGUUUAUUCUUUCUGCAGCCGUUUCCCUUCCAAGAAGUUAUUCCCUACAUAUGAUACUACGGACCAGUGCACAUGACGUUUAUUUAUAAUUCACCUCUUCCUUUUGGGUUAUCCAGGCUAAACCAAAUACUGAUACCUCUGCCCUCGAAUUUAGAAAUGGAAAAGAUAUUCAAGGGAUCCUUUGGGAUAGGAUGAACUGCACCAGAGACAUCUGCCGUGAGACAAGGCUGAAACAGUAUAAGAACUACGAGAGUGUACUUCACUCACGUGCAGAGCUAGAGAAGGUGGAUUGCCAAAUUUUUUUUAUCUUGUUUUUGGGUUCCAAGGGUUUAGUGUCGCUUAUUCCCUAGAUAUUAUGAAGGAACGUCAGUUUUAUUGAUUUAAGAGAUUUAUAUGAUGUUCAAUGACUGGAUGGUAACUCUUUACCAUUUGAGUUGUCUACACACUUCUUUAUGAUCCAUAUCUUAUCAUCUCUGUGCCUCUUCAUUCAAUGCUAAGAAACUUUUCAACUUUUCUUGUCAUCGUGAAUUAUUGUUGUAGCGAUUUCUUCCUCUUUCUAAAUAAUAGGAAACUCUUUAUUAUAGUUUUAUUUUAUUCCGCGAAGAUAUCAUUGCUUCCAUUAAGCGAUUGUAAUGGCUUGCAUGUUUGUUGUAUGCUGUACUUAUUACUGUUAAUUUUCCUCACACUUCAAAGGCUCUUCGUUACUGACUUCGUUAUAUAUAUGAUGUAUAUUUCCCCCCAUUUAGCCUAUUCUUUUUCUCCAUUCACAUUUGAGUGUAAGUUAGAGCGGAAGGAUAAGUCCUAAUGGGAAAUCUUAUGCAGGAAUGUAGUCCAGUAGAGAAGAAUAGUAUCUUCUACCGCUUCAACUUCAAUACCAGGGCUGUGAAGUCGACAAUUAUGCAUUUUCAGGUAAAAGUAUUCUCCAUUAUAUUGCUAUUUAGCUAGCAUUUGAUAAUAUAGCACCGUGUGAUAAGAUUCCAUACUGGGGUCUAUGCUCAUCUUCGCCAUACAUUUCUCAUAAUUUCUCUCGUAGCUAAUUGAAAUGGGAGAAUCAUUUCAUUUUUUUUUCUUGACACAUAAAUGUUCUCAUUAAAAAGGCAUGAUCAUGGCAUCAUGCGUAAUUUUCAUAGCAUUACAUAGGAUCCUAAUUCUCUCUUUAGAUGAUCCUCCUAUUUCCUUUUACAGUCUGGGAAAGUCUUCUUGUUCACGAAAUGAUAUUACUCUAUCAAUUUAAAAAUGAAAUACUAGUUUGAAUUGUUCUAUAAAACUUACGACUGAAUUAUAUUCUCAGUUCCACAUGGUCUAGCACUCUAUAUUUCUUAUGGUAUUAGCUGUGUUGAAUGCAUUUGUGAGGAAAUGAAACAAUUAUUUUAUCGCUGCAUCCUAUUCUUUGGUACAUACCUUACACUAAGGACUGGAAGUUGUCGUCCAAUGAAGAUAUUACCUCUCUCUGAUACAGUAGGUCGUAGGAAAAAAUCUAGUUUGUGACUCUGGAUUUUAUUUGAUUUCAAUGGUGUAUUUUCUUCAUAUCUAUUCUGACGCUUUUUCAGGUCUUCGCUUCAUAUUUAUGUUUCUCUCUUUUGCAAACAUGUAUCACUGUAACCUUGUGACGUAAAUGAAGUAUUCUUAACCUUUUCAGAAACGGUAAGGGAUUCCCCCAACCCCUUGUGAAACUUGUGUAGAAAGCUGGAAAGUUUUGGAAAGUCAUAGAUUUUUGGCAAGUUUUGAAGCACCCUAUGGAGGAUUUCUUGUGUAAUCUAAAACUAUAUGGGGCACAUACUUUCUCUCUUCAUUUAUAAACUGAUUGAAGAUUCGAAUAUCAUUCAUCUAAAGUAUCAUUUAACUAUCGUCCUCUGAUUAUUUUUUCCUGUUUAAUUAAACCUGUGUUCAUAUUCGUCUCUGUUUGUUGUGGUUUCUUGAGGAAAAUUAGGACUGCCUCUGUUUUCCAUGAUUGAUUGUGCCCUUCUUCCUCAUACACGUCAAGUUUUCUUCUUCCAUUUGCCUUGUUCUGCAGAUUACUGUCUUGUUCUUCUUCAGCAUGGAAUUCCUUUUGAGCGUCAAACUUCGCAAUUCACAAUGAUAAACAAAGGUUUCUAAUAUGUUGUCUGUCAGUUAAUAUCCAGAUAUCAUUGUGGCUUUGAUACAUUCGUUAUCUUAACUGCUAAUCAUUUGAUGUGCGUUUUAAUAGCUCAUCUGUGAUAUUUAGGAAAGAACUGCAAUAUAAUUUGUAAUGACAGCAUUAAAAGCUGGUGGAAGUGCCAUCUUGACCAACAGAAGCUUGAAGGAGACCUUUGCAUGGCGGGAAAUCAUCUGGUCCUGACAGGUGUACUUAUGGAAGAUGUGCCCCUAACUUUUUCUGCUCUUUCUGGGACAGGAGGAAACCUGAUUAGUACUCUAAGAACUUGCCGGACUUUGUUCCUGCACCGGCUAUGAUAUUUGAUAUCGUAGUAUCUUGAUAGCUUUAUCUUGCUGUGUAUAUUUGUCUGCAAACUCACGGGUGUUCAUCCAGAUUACUUAUUUCUUCUCUCAAGCCGUUCGACCCCGGGUAUUGAAUGUCCCCGUUCUUGUUCUCUUCAAAACUAGUCAUUCAUCUCUGAUUGGCAUUUAUUUGAUUAGAGCAUGCUGGCAUUAAGAGAGAGGGAGAGAGGGAGUGCGUGUGUUUGUGUGUGUGUGUGUGUGCAUGUUCUUUGUUUUCGCUAAUUAUCAUGUUGGGGACAGAUCGUCUUUCAAUGUCCAUUCUUGACUAGCUUUCCGACGCCGAAGAUCUUCCUCACAACCGCUGCUUUCGUUUAGUUGUGACCCAUGUUUUCCAUUUUUCCAGCUGAGGAAUCUGGUAUGGGCGACAUCCAAGCACGACGUCUACCUCAUGCGCAACUACUCCGUCAUCCACUGGUCCGCCGUGCUCAGAAGGGGGAAAGAAGUCCUUAACGUCGCCGGGCAGGUCUCGCCACCGCCACCUUCCACUCGGGUCAGUAUCCCCCGCUCUCCAACCUGCCCACACUCUUGCUGGGUCCUCCCCUUCUUGGUCUUCCUCUUGACCCGCGGAGGUUCUGCAGAAUCGCAGAGGGCCCACGGGUCAACCGCUCUCGAGAGUCCAGAUAAGCACCAUGGCCGUGAAGGACGAGCUGAUGGCCGUCGGAGGCUUCCAAGGAGAACUCGUCUGUAAGGUAGGUACCAGCCAAUCAGAGCCGCGCGGGCCUGAUCCCCGCCGCUCUCCCUCUUGACUGACGAUGGUCUCUUCUGCGCAGCGCUUGGACCGACCUGGCGUCGCAUUCUGCUCGAAUCUGACCACCGAUGAGAACGCCAUAACAAACGCCGUUGACAUCUACAGCAGCCCCAGGUCAGACCUCCCCUCCAUUUAACCUCGAUGACUCCCCAGUGGGCCCUCCUCGCUGACCCAUUUAGCCCCCCUUUCCUCUUCCUCCGGCGCAGUGGGUCCACCCGGUUGAUGACGGCCAACAACGACUGCCAAGUGAGGAUCUUCGAUGUCGAUGACUUUUCCCUGCUGACCAAGCUGUCCUUCCCUUGGUCCGUCAACGUGAGUCCCUUCCUCCUUUCUCUCUCUCUCUCUCUCUCUCUGCUCUCUAUGGGUCUCUGAAAGUCCCCCGCUGGCGUCCCCUGCAGAGCGCCUCGGUCAGCCCGGACGGGAAGCUCGCCGCCGUACUCGGGGACACCGUGGACUGCCUCCUCGCGGAUCCGCAGUCGGGAAAGGUAAGUAAGUCAGCACUUACUCGAUUGACGUCGCCGUCGCUGGCGCCGGAGAGGAAGGUGAUCUGACGCGGAGGGGGCGGUGGCGCUUCUGUGCAGGUGCUGCACCGGCUGAAGGGCCACUUGGACUAUUCUUUCUCGUCGGCGUGGCACCCGGACGGGCGCGUGGUGGUGACGGGAAGCCAGGACACGACAUGCCGGGUGUGGGACGUGAGGAAUCCGUCCCGGGCCAUGGCAGUGCUUCGGGGGAGGAUGGGGGCGAUCAGAGGGAUCAAGUUCACGGCGGAGGGGCGGUUCAUGGCGGCGGCGGAAGCGGUGGACUUCGUGCAUGUGUUCGACUGCGGGGCCGGGUAUGGGCGGGCGCAGGAGAUCGACUUCUUCGGGGAGAUCGCGGGGGUGUCCUUCAGCCCCGACACGGAGGCCCUCUUCGUGGGCGUGGCCGACCGCACCUACGGCAGCCUCCUCGAGUUCAGGCGCACCCGCCCCAACCACUACCUGGACUCCCUCUUUUGA